GCCACCGCCUCCGCCCGGCCGCCCGCCCGGACUGUCGCGGCCCGCGGUGGCGACGACGGCGGCAGCAAAGUUUCCCCGGUGGCGGCCCGGAGGCGCAUCCCCCCGCAACUGUCAAGCGCUGGCGGCGGAAAUGAUGAGGCGCUGGCCAUUUUCCGAGCCCGGGUUUCCUGCCUGAGCCCCGCUCGAGCGAGCCGCGGGCCAGGAGCCGGCGCGCGGGAGAGAACGCGCCCGGGGCGGGGGCCCGCCCGCCCCCUCGGGAUUUCGGGGGGCCGGGGGCGCGCGACGCCAUGGGCCGGCCGGGCCCGGACCCCCUCUCUCUCAGCCUGGCCACUCCACCUCGGUCUCCGCCAUGAACGGGCCCACCCUGCAGUCCUCCUCGGCCUCCUCCGCGUCCUCGGCCUCCUCGGCGGCGGCGGCCCCGUCCCCGCGGGGCUGGAGCGAGUUCUGCGAGCUGCACGCGGUGGCCGCGGCCCGGGAGCUGGCCCGGCAGUACUGGCUCUUCGCCCGCGAGCACCCGCACCACGCGCCGCUGCGCGCCGAGCUCGUGUCGCUGCAGUUCACCGACCUCUUCCAGCGCUACUUCUGCCGCGAGGUGCGCGAGGGCCGGGCGCCCGGGCCGCUGGGACCCCGGGCCGCCGCCCCCACGCGCGACUACCGAGAGACGGGCCGCGGCCCCACGGCCAAGGCCGAGGCGCCCCCCGCCGAGCCGGGCCCCGCCGCCCCCGCCCCCGGCCUGCCCAAGGCCCGCAGCUCAGAGGAGCUGGCCCCGCCGCGGCCGGCCGCCGCCUGCUCCCUCCAGCACCUGCGCCAAAGCCUCCGCCACAUCUUUCGCCACCGCUCGGCCGGGGAGCUGCCCGCGGCCCCCGCUGCGGCCGCGGGGGAGGCAGGCGAGGCCCCGGCCAGGCCCGGCCUGGCGAGGAAGCUCCUGCCCUGGAGCCUGGCCCGGGAGCCGCCACCCGAGGCCCUCAAGGAGGCAACGCUGCGGUACAGCCUGGCCGACGAGGCCUCCAUGGACAGCGGGGCGCGCUGGCAGCGGGGGCGGCUGGCGCUGCGGCGCGCGGGCCCCGACGGCGCGGACCGCCUGCUGGAGCUCUUCGACCCGCCCAAGAGUUCAAAGCCCAGGCUACAAGCAGCCUGCUCCAGCAUCCAAGAGAUUCGGAGAUGCACACGCCUUGAGAUGCCUGACAACCUCUACACCUUUGUGCUGAAGGUGAAGGACCGGACAGACAUCAUCUUUGAGGUGGGAGAUGAGCAGCAGCUGAAUUCGUGGAUGGCUGAGCUCCGGGAGUGCGCAGGCCAAGGACUUGGGAGCACAGACCCAGAGAUGCGUAUUCCCUCAGCCUUAGAGCCCAGCACGUCUAACUCUCCAGGGGGAAGCACGGACUCCUUGAACCAAGGUGCUUCUCCUGGGGGGUUGCUGGAUCCAGCCUGCCAGAAAACAGAUCACUUCUUGUCCUGCUACCCCUGGUUCCAUGGCCCCAUCUCCCGCGUGAAGGCAGCUCAGCUGGUUCAGCUGCAAGGUCCUGAUGCUCACGGAGUAUUCCUGGUACGGCAGAGUGAGACUCGGCGUGGGGAGUACGUGCUCACAUUCAACUUCCAGGGCAUAGCCAAGCACCUGCGCCUGUCACUGACCGAGCGGGGUCAGUGUCGAGUACAGCACCUCCAUUUCCCCUCGGUCGUGGACAUGCUCCACCACUUCCAGCGCUCACCCAUCCCACUUGAGUGCGGGGCUGCCUGCGACGUCCGGCUGUCCAGCUAUGUGGUAGUCGUCUCCCAGCCACCAGGUGUGACCCUAAUGCCCCUUGAUAAAGGGGGUGGUGGCACUGGGAACCGAGACCUUGUGUUGUGUCCUUCCAGCACUUGCCUCCAUCCCGUUAAGACUGACAGUGUGGUCUCUCUCUUGGUCACUUGUCCCCCAGGUUCCUCCAACACUGUCCUGUUCCCUUUCUCCCUCUCUCGCUGGGAUUCAGAGCUGAGCCUUCCCCAUCUUAGCGCUUCUGGCUGUCCACGGGGACUCGGCCCAGAGGGUCUCCCAGGCCGGUCCUCUCCCCCAGAGCAGAUCUUCCACCUGGUGCCUUCGCCCGAGGAACUGGCCAACAGCUUGCGGCACCUGGAGCCCGAGCCCGCCAGUCGAGCCCGGGACUCAGACUACGAAAUGGACGCCUCCUCCCGGAGCCACCUGCGGGCCAUAGACAAUCAGUACACGCCUCUCUGA